AUGUCUCGCCGCAACAGCAGUGUCGUCGCUAUCGACGCCGAACAGGCACGCCGCCUUUCACUCGCCGUCACGGACAUCAAACAAGUCGCCCACGAUGCCGGCAACGCGACUCGAUCGGAGCAGCAGAUGACCCUGCGCCAGGGUAUCAAGUUAUACCCAAAGGCCAUCGCCUGGUCCGUCCUGCUCUCCGCAGCCAUCAUCAUGGAAGGCUUCGACAAGGUCUUGAUCGCCAACCUGAUGGCGGUUCCUGCCUUUAAGCAAAAGUUCGGCGAACAACUUGCAGAUGGCACCUUCGAACUCACCGCUGCGUGGCAAGCGGGCCUCACAAACGGUGCAUACGUUGGAGAGUUUACAGGUCUGCUCCUGAACGGUCUCAUCGCGGAUCGUUUCGGCUACAAGAAGACAAUGAUCGGCGCGCUCUUCGCGGUGAAUUUCUUCAUCUUCAUCGUCUUCUUCGCGCAGAACAUCACCAUGCUUCUAUGCGGUCUCAUCCUGUGCGGUAUCCCAUGGGGUGUAUUCCAGACCCUGACUUGCACCUAUGCCGCCGAAGUCGUACCGGUGCCACUUCGACCAAUUCUUACAACAUACGUCAACCUCUGCUGGGUCAUCGGUCAAUUCCUCGCCUCUGGCGUUUUGAAGGGUGUAGCCGAGCGCCCCGACCAAUGGGCAUACCGCAUCCCAUACGCCCUGCAGUGGCUCUGGCCUCUCCCGUUGAUGAUCGGCAUCUCGUUCGCACCUGAAUCUCCCUGGUGGCUUGUACGGAAAGACCGAUGCGAAGAAGCAAAGAAGAUGUUGAUGCGCCUCACAUCACCCGAAAAGCUGCCCGACUUCAAUGCCGAUGAGACCAUUGCUAUGAUGCGCCACACCAACGCCAUGGAGAUGGCGGUCUCUGAAGGUACUUCGUACUUGGACUGUUUCAAGGGUACAGAUCUCCGCCGAACUGAAAUCGCCGCCAUGGCAUGGUUUACGCAGGCCUUCUGCGGAGCAGGUCUUAUCGGUUAUUCGACAUACUUUUUCCAGCAAGCAGGCCUUAGCGACGCGGAUGCGUUCUCCAUGAGUCUAGGACAAUACGCAAUUGGUGGCGUGGGUGUCUUCAUGGCCUGGAUCCUCAUUCAACGUGUAGGACGUCGCACAUUGUACGUGUAUGGCGAUCUCGUCAUGGUUAUGUUGUUGUGUAUCAUCGGAGGUCUCGGUUUCAUUCCAGCCGGCAACGUUGGCGCGCAGUGGGGUAUCGGCGCCAUGCUCCUACUUUUUGCAGCCGCAUACAACUGCACGGUCGGACCUGUCUGUUACUCCAUCGUCGCAGAGAUUCCAUCCACUCGUCUUCGCCAAAAGACUGUCGUCUUGGCCAGGAACUUCUACAACAUCGGUUCUAUCAUCGGCAAUGUUAUUACUCCACGUAUGCUCAACCCCGGUGCUUGGAAUUGGGGCGCAAAGAGUGGUCUGUUCUACGCCGGAACGUGCUUUUGCUGCUUUAUCUGGGCGUUCUUCCGUCUUCCUGAGCCAAAGGGCAGGACUUACGGAGAGCUCGAUAUCCUCUUCGAGAAGCGUGUCCCGGCUAGGAAGUUUAGCAGCACGGUCGUUGACAGCUUCCAUUCCAGUGAUACCGAGAGCGAUUAUACCGAGAAAAAAGGUGUCUCGGCCCAUCUUGAGCAGGUCAACUCUAGGGAUGCUAUUUGA